AUGAGCUCCACCCGCAGACCUGCCACAGAGGAACCGCUGGUUCAUGUGAUGUCGGGGAGGAGCCAUGAUGUCAUUGAGGCGCAAAUGCUGUUGCAGCAGGCUCCGUCCCCUCAGCACAGAGCGUCCAAUCGCACACCUCCUCCCCACAGACAGACCAAUCACUGGCCUCCUAGUGAAGCCACGGCCAUCACAGGGGCGGCACUGUUCCCUCUGCUGGGCGGCUUCAGGGAGCAGUUUGUUCUUCCUCCUGAUGAUAAAUAUCGGUGUGAGAAGUGUCGGCACGUCCUCGUGCAGCCGCGGCAGACGGAGUGUGGACACCGCUUCUGCAGCUCCUGCAUCAGCGAGCUGCUCAGUCGUCCAAACCCUGUGUGUCCGGCCGACCGCGAGCCGCUGUUCCCCGACAAGAUUUUCCGAGACGUUUGUUGUCAGCGGGAAAUCCUGGCGCUCAAAGUUCUGUGUCGCAGUGAAGCCAACGGCUGCAAAGAACAACUCACUCUGCAGCAACUGCCGGACCACCUGACCACAUGCCCGUAUUUGGAGGUGCCGUGUCCUCUGGGACGCUGUAAGGAGCGGAUGAUGAGAAAAGAUGUUCCGGAACAUCUGAACAGGAAAUGCAAACACAGAGAAAUAAGCUGCGAGUUCUGCCUCUGCAAGAUGCCCCUAACUGACGUCCAGAAACACAAAGAGACGGCGUGUCCAGCGUUUCCUGUUUCAUGUCCCAAUCUGUGUUCGUCUGCCCCUCUGCCACGCUCCGAGUUACUCGUCCACCAGGGGGAGUGUCCCAAAGCUCAAGCCAACUGUCUCUUCCACAGAUACGGCUGCUCCUUUAAGGGUUUGAAGGAGGAGCUCAAACUUCACGAGUCCAGUUUUGUGUCAGAACAUUUAAGAAUGAUGUCAUUACGAAGCUCCGCUCUUGACAGCAAGGUGGAGGACUUGAGGGCGGAGAUGUCUGAGCGGUUCCAGGUUUUACCAGGUCUGAGCAGCCGUCUGUCGGAGGCUGAGGCUCACAACGAAGACCUGAGAGAGCGAUUCCGACAGAGCGACCAGAAGAUGUCCACCAUACAAAACCUGCUCAGCUCUCACUCAGAGAAGCUUCUGGAGUUGGAGUUGGAGUUGCGGUCGGUUCGUUCUCUUCGGGAUGAGGUGGAGGCUCUCAGGACGCGGGUCACGGCUUUGGAACAGAACCGCAGUUCGGCCCCCAGUCACGCCCUGGUGACGCUCGAGACGCAGCUUGGUCGCCAUGACGAUGUCCUUAGUGUUCACGAGAUACGAUUGGCUGAUAUGGACCUGCGUUUCCAGGUGCUGGAGACAGCGAGUUACAACGGAACGCUAAUCUGGAAGAUCCAAGACUACGCACGGCGGAAGGCGGAAGCCGUGUCGGGGAAGACGCUGAGCCUGUACUCGCAGCCCUUCUACACCUCGUACUUUGGGUACAAGAUGUGCGUGCGAGUCUAUCUGAAUGGCGACGGCAUGGGCAAAGGCACACACCUGUCCCUGUUCUUUGUUGUUAUGAAGGGAGAGUACGACGCUCUGCUGCACUGGCCAUUCAAGCAGAAGGUGACGCUGAUGCUGAUGGACCAGGGCGCGGCGCGGAAACAUCUGGUGGAUGCCUUCAAACCAGAUCCCAACAGCAGCAGCUUCAAGAGACCUGUGGUCGAGAUGAACAUCGCCUCCGGGUGUCCGCUCUUCACCCACCAGAGCCAACUGGAAGCCGGCUCCUACAUCAAGGACGACACCAUCUUCAUCAAGGCGACGGUGGACACCUCCGACCUGCCCGACCCCUGA